AGUACACCACCACUGCCAGAUCUCAAAUCAAUUAAAACUUCUAUUCAAAAUGUCCGCCCAACUCUGCGGCCGUCAAUCUCCACCCCCCGAGUGCCAAACUGGCCCACAAGAAAACUCGCCAACUGGCUCCGGUCACAUUGAUCACAAGUUCGCGCCUGGCCCCGAGUAUGCGCCCCUAACAGCCGAUGCCGAGCGACGCGGAGUCGAGAACCCCCAUACGGCUGUGCUGACGAGCAACCCGAAACAUAUCCUCGAGGAUAUUGAGGCGCGGAAGUACCAUAAGGGGCCUGGGAAUGAAGUUAGGAUGGAGUGAUUGAGUUUGAUAGUAUGAGAUUGAUUAUGAGGUUAUGAUGCAUAUUUUAAUUUUAUAUAAACGACAGAACCAGAAAUAGUUGAAUC